AUGGUUCUCUUCUACUCCUCGAACGCCCUCGGGGACGACAAGCCGGUAACAAUCUACGCCGGAAAGGACAAGUUCGAGAACGAGGUACUGCUCAAGUACUACCAGGAGCAGGACGUCUGGGUCCAUGUCGACAAGCUGAGCAGCCCGCACAUUUACAUUCGCAUGCCUGAAGGGAUGGAUUGGGAGAAGAUCCCUGAAAAGCUGUUGGUGGACGCGGGUCAGCUCGUCAAGGCGGGGUCGAUCCAGGGCAACAAACAGGCCGUCACCAUCAUCUACACGCCGGCAAGCAACAUCCUCAAGCGAGGCGACUUUGCGACCGGCGCCGUCUCUUUCCAUAAUGCUCGCAGAGUCAAGCGCUUUCGGAUAGAAGAGCGCGUCAACGCCAUUGUAAACCGACUGAACAAAACCAAGGUGGAGCGGCAAGUCGACCACGAGGCGGAGAAGAUCGCCUACGAGUCGGCGCAGCAGCGGGCCAAGCGGGAAGUGGCCAAUAAGCAGAAGAACGCGGACCUCUUGCUGGCGCAGCAGCGGAAAGCAGAUGCGGAGGCGCGGAGCUACGAGAAGCUGUUCACCGGGCAGAGCGGCAAGGCGGAUGACCAGUGGGAGGAGGACCAGUGGGAGGCGAGUCGGAAGGAGGGCGAUUUUGAUCCAGACGAAGACUUCAUGUGA